AUGGAGACCAAGGACCUGAGGGAAUCCCUGGUCCAAGAGGAUUUCCAGGCCCACCAGGGCCUCAAGGUCUUGAAGGCCAACAAGGACCAGAAGGAUUACGAGGGACCAGAAGGCAGGCCUGGUCUGCCAGGGCCACUAGGUAUACCAGGCAUAGAAGGGCCUCAUGGCUUGCCAGGACUUGCAGGUGAAAAUGGAAUCCCUGGUAUUCAAGGACCUCCGGGACCAAAGGGAGAUAAAGGAGACACUGGGGCACUUGGUCUUCCAGGAGCUAGAGGACUACCUGGUGAAAAGGGCCCACCAGGACCUCCUGGAGGUUCAUGCUGUAAAGGUGAUAUGUUUUCUGUAUCUUCUGCACAAGAUGUACAAGUUCUUGGACCCCCAGGACCUAAGGGUGAAAAGGGAGACCCAGGAGAGGGCUGUGGUUUGUGUAAUGGGGAAAGGAUGGUUCAAGCCAUUGGUCCUCCAGGACCUGUAGGACCUCCUGGCCCACCAGGUCCACCAGGCUCUCCUGGGCCCGUAUCUGAAGCAAAAACCCCUAUGAUAUACCAACAGAGUGGCAGAUCUGAAGUGUAUGGAUCAGUAAUAUAUUCUGGCCCUCCUGGAAAUCCUGGAAUGCCCGGCCCACCAGGUCCUCCUGGACCACCUGGGGUUGUUUAUCUAAAUAGAGUGUUCCCUGUCCCAGCACGACCACACUGCAAGCAGACGGUUCCCAAUGAAAAAACUGAGGACCCAGACUCUGGGCCAGUUGAACGUCGUUUUGAUCAGAAGGUGCAGAGUUGGGUCUUUGCAAACAAAGAGGAGAUGACUGAGGCUUGGGAGGAAGUAGCAGAGGGCAGCCUGGUGUAUGUGAAGGAACCAAGUAGUGCUUUCUUCAGGACCAACGUGGGAUGGAGUAAAAUUAUGCUGGAAGAGUCUGACUUGGCUUUAAUAAAUGACGACCCCUCAUUGGCAGAGGAAGUAACAGAUGAAGACUCUGAUAUUCAUGAGGACACUGUAGAAGUGCUGCCAAGUAUCCCUCCAAGAAUUCCUUCACUUCGUCUAAUAGCACUAAACAUACCUCUGUCUGGAGAAAUGACCGGGAUACGGGGAGCUGACUUACAGUGCUAUCGUCAGGCUCAAGAGAUGUCUCUUUUUGGGACAUUCAGAGCACUUCUUUCUUCAUCCAGUCAAUCACUGUCCUCUAUAGUAAAAAAGACUGAUAGAGGUCUCCCCAUUGUGAACUUGAAGGGUGAACUGCUAUUUAGAAACUGGAACUCUCUUUUUGAUAGUAAAUUGUCUCUCCAUAAAUCUGAUGUCCCAAUUUAUUCUUUCAAUGGAAGAAAUGUUCUCAGUGACACUCUGUGGCCACAUAAGGCUUUCUGGCAUGGCUGUAGCCAAAGGGGAUCUUCUGUACGUGGCAGGAACUGCAAGGAAUGGAGAAACCAAGUCAAUGCACAAGGCCUUGCAUCACCAUUCACAAGGCACUGGCUCCAAGAAAAUGAUUCCUUCAGUUGUACCAAAACACUAGCUGUCCUAUGUAUUGAAAUAGCUUUCCCAUAUUACUAUAUGUGGUGAUCACCGAUCCGCAGCAUCCUCCCUGCCGACUGCAUAUUUAUAUUCCUAUAUUUAUAUUGUAUAUGUCACUACGUGGCUGUCCUGUACCACAACUCCUGGGCAUUACUUCUAAAACAGUUCUCCACCGCUGUGCCCGUGAUAUAAUGUAGAUUAAGGCGCAGCGCCAGUCCAGUAAUAACAUAAUACAGCAUGUGUUCCGGACACAUUGCGUAACAGACAUAGGGGCUGACGCUGCCGUCUGAACUACACAGUGGCCAUCUUUGUUAUUUAGUCAUACAAAACCAUAAAACAGCUGCGCCCCUUGACAGCUCCUUGUACAUGGCAGCACAGACUGCAAGACAGUCGUCAGUAAUUGCUUAUUCUGCGGUUCUAAAAUAUAUUUUCACUAGCAGAAGAGAACUGAAGCAGGGAAGCCUGCAGAUUACAGACUGGCUGGCAGUUUUACUGCAGUUUACAGCCUGCAACCUAAGGGCAGACAGAUAAGGCUAUAGAUGGGCACACACAGGGGGCAUUUGGUCAAGUUUCCUGAAACCAAAAUCAUGAUUGGAUUAUAAAAGGACAGAAAGUAUAAAGGACAAA